AUGGCUAGACAAUGGAUCUUGACUGGCCAAGAGGGCUUUGAAAAGUCACUCGAGUUCCAUGAAAACGUCAAAAUCACCCCUUCCAACGAACUCGGCCCGAAAGAAUGCCUUGUUCGUUUGCACUCUGCGAGCCUAAACUAUCGCGAACUCGUCAUUGCCGGGCCUAUCGGUGUCAACGGUCCGAUUACACCUCCCGUCGUCCCUGCUUGCGACGGAGCCGGAACCGUCGAGGCCGUUGGUGCAUCCGUCAGCGAAUUUAAAGCAGGCGACAGAGUCAUCGUUCACCAAAGCCCAGAUCUUGCCAAGAGAGAGGGGAACGAUGCUCGCCCUAGCCUUCGCGAUGCUCUCAGCGCCCUUGGUCAAGUCCCCGACGGCACUCUCCGCACGCACGCGGUCUUCAAGGAAGCUGGACUUGUCCGCGCUCCAGAGUCCCUGGACUGGCUUGAAGCUGGCACUCUAACUUGUACUUGGCUCACUGCAUGGAACUUGCUCUUUGGCGUCAAAGGCCAAGAGAUCAGACCAGGUUCCUGGGUCUUGGUGCAGGGGACGGCUGGCGUCAGCAUUGCCGUUCUGCAGCUCGCCGUCGCGGCGGGCGCCACAGUCGUCGCGACCACCUCGAGCGAAGCAAAGGGCGCAAGACUGGUGAAGCUGGGUGCGACUCGCGUGGUCAACUAUCGCACAACUGUUGCAUGGGGAGCCGAAGCACGAAAGUGCACUCCCGGGGGCCGAGGUUUCGACGUUGUAGCUGACAUUGGUGGCAACGAGACGCUGCCGCAGUCGCUUGCUGCUGUCCGCGUCGACGGCCAGGUCGUUGUUGUCGGAGGUGUUGGCGAGCCGAAUGCCCAGCCGGUGCCUGCCUUUUCCGCGCUGCUUCAUACAUGCAUUCUCCGCGGUAUCCUGGGUGGCAGCAGGAAUGACCUGAUGGCUGCCGUGGAUUUUAUCGAUGCGAAGGGUAUCCGGCCGGCGGUGGAUGGUGUGGUGUUUGAGCUGGCCGAGGCCAAGAAUGCGUACCGACGAUUGAAGGAGAAGAAGCACUUCGCCAAGAUACUGAUUCGCAUCGACUAG